AGAUGGGCGUGCAGAAGUUCCUUGCCACUAUAUUUAAAGCCCAUCUCUUAUUCCGGCUCCUCCCUCUUAGUCAAACCCGAAACGAUGGAUUCUCUCAUGGCCACUUACCAAGACGAAGAAGAUGACGAAAUUACCCCCUCCGAACCUCCUCCUCCUCCUUCACUCACCGAACCACCACUGUCAGUCGAACAAAAUGGCUAUAUGGAUACUCCACAACCCGAACCCGAACCCUAUUUAACAUCUACCGACCCGAAAAGAGAAGAAGACGAAAGUGGCAGUGUGGAUACUCGACAACCCGACCUGAAAGAAGAAGAAGAAGAAGAAGAAGACGAAGAAGACGAAGAAGAAGAUGAUGACGUGGAUGAGGAGGAAGAAGAAGAAGAAGAACCACCAACGAAGAAACAAAAACCACUGUCCACUUUAACCCUAACACCGCCGAAAGUUGAACUCGAAGGAGGAGGUGAAAUGACUAAAUUACCCUUGCCGAAGGAAAAGGCUUGCAAGAAGGCAAAAUACAAGAAGAAAAACAACAACAACACUCUUUGGACUAAAUCCACUUCCAGAAAAGGGAAAAAAAAGCACAAUCCCAUCAACAACCUUAAAAGCAACGGCAAGAAAAACAAAAAUGGCGUCGCUUCAGGACAAGAAGCAGAAGACAAAGUCUACAUCACACCAAUUCCAAGGUUUCCCGACAAAAAUGAUGACACCCAAGACAUGAAAAUCUGUCUUUCAAAGGUUUACAAAGCAGAAAAAGUUGAACUAAGUGAAGAUAGAUUAACUGCAGGGAGUACAAAAGGUUACAGAAUGGUGAGAGGAACAAGAGGGGUAUUAGAAGGAACAUGGUAUUUCGAGAUUAAGGUGGUUAAAUUAGGCGAAACGGGGCAUACACGACUUGGGUGGUCGACAGAUAAAGGGGAUUUACAAGCACCUGUUGGAUAUGAUGGGAAUAGUUUUGGGUAUAGGGAUAUUGAUGGUAGUAAGAUUCAUAAAGCUUUAAGGGAGAAAUAUGGUGAAGUAGGGUAUGGUGAAGGUGAUGUUAUUGGUUUUUAUAUUAAUUUGCCUGAAGGUGGUCAGUAUGCUCCAAAACCACCUAGGCUUGUGUGGUAUAAGGGACAGAGGUAUAUGUGUGCAUCUGAUCCUAAGGAAGAUCCUCCUAAAAUAAUUCCUGGGAGUGAGAUAUCUUUUUUCAAAAAUGGAGUUAGUCAAGGUGUUGCUUUCAAAGAUCUUUAUGGUGGUCGUUACUACCCUGCUGCUUCAAUGUAUACACUUCCUGACCAACCCAACUGCGUUGUGAAGUUCAAUUUUGGCCCGGACUUUGAAUGUUUUCCUGAGGAUUUUGCUGGACGCCCUGUUCCAAGACCGAUGGUUGAAGUUCCUUAUCAUGGAUUUGAUGGAAGAAUUGAGAAUGGUAAUGCAUGGCAUUCAACUAGGAUUUGCCCCAUGCUCAAAGUGGUAAAAGAGCACGUAAAUAAAAUUGGAGAAGCUGCUGAAAUGGUCAGCUAAGCUUGAGCAAUGCACUCAGAUGUAGGGGUCUUUGGUAUAGUAAAUUUGUAAAUAUAAACGAAGACCUACAUUAAAGAUGGUGUUUUUGAUGAAUGACAUCUUGAGAAAAUAAAGCAAGGUUUGGCAUGGCUGAAGGUCAGAGGGAGCGGUUGGGUAGGACAGUUGUAGCAAGGGCGCAACUUGGGUUUGUGACGCAUGAUAUAGUUAAACAACAAGGACAUGGGGAUGUGAAUAGAAGUAGCUUUUGGCUGGAAAUAUGAGGUCGUGCAACAAAGUGGUAAGGAGUUAAUGAUAAAAAAGGAUCAUGAAGGAUAGCACCCAAGGGGUGUGUUCUAGCAUGUCGAAUGGAUCUCAUCGGAAAAAAGACAGGUGCAAGUACGAAGACUAUUGUGGACUUCAGAGAAGAGAAAAGAGGCAUUUUGUCAGAGUAGGAAGGCUAACCGAGUGGAACUUUUUUUUUUUUUUUUUGGUCGUGCCAUGAAGUGAUAUUGUAUCGUAUGUUAGGGAGGUUGGUAAACUAUUAUGAUCUAAAGAUUUCCUAUCCAAGUAAUGUUCUGAACUUUCACUCCAUAUCUCUACUCUAA